AUGUCGACAGAAGUCGAUCCUGCACCAAACAAAAGGCUAUCCGUGUUUCACGGACAGCUGAAAGUGUUUGAACUCGCUGUGGCAAAAGAGGGUGAGAGGCGUAAGGCUGAAGAGGAACAAAAGUUUAAGAAAAUCGCGCAGCAAAUCAACAAGCUAACCGCACGACUGAAAAUAGAAGUUCAGGAAAGGAUGGAUGCCAAAGAGGCAUUGCAAAAGACAACAUUUGAGGCUGCAAACAGAAUGCUUAACGACCUACAAACAAGACUCACGCGGAGGGUCAACGCAAUUGCUGAGCGCUUAGAUGCCGUAGUAGCUCGUUGUGCUGCAGUGGAAGGGGACGUCAAUGACUUGACCCAGAGAAUUAGUCAAUCGUUUGACUUCAAAAUGCUACAAAAUGAUAUAAACGACCUACACAGGAACAUCAAAAAUGAUAUCGCUAUCAAGGUGGAAAAGGAUACGUCAAUUGUUAACAAGCUCAUGCAUAUGGAAUAUUCCAUUAAAUCGCGGCUCAACGAUAUAAACUACCUUGGAGUGGAGAGCCUAAAGGAGCUACGGGGUGAAAUGUCGAGGCUGUCAGAGUGGAUUGCAUCGGACGUAGGGCCAAUGUCUCCACAAAUAAUGGAGGAAAUAAAUACACUCAAAACUGCCCUGGAACUGGCGUCAACGGCCAGAAAAGAGUCAGACGAAGGACUCUUUGAAGCGUUUGAACAAAUCGUCAGAGUAUUACCCCGUAACAUACAGAACGAGGCCAAUGGGCUCCGUAAAAUGCAUACAACUGUCUAA